AUGUCCGACCGAAGUGUUCUCCCAGCAACGGAUUUGCCAAUGUCGAGAUUCUCGGAAGUUGCUCCAGCUCCACCGGACUUGGAAGCCGGCACCGAUGCUCCACGCGGCGACUCCGAAGCUCAUGAUCGCCGGAGCUCGUGGUUGUUCGUAAGUGAUAUUCCCGAAUCAGAACUAUCAAACGCUACUGGCGGAUUUGAGAUUAGAGUGGAAGAACUCCUCCAAGUGGUCAAAGAUCGUAGCCUUGAAGCUCUAAAUCAAUAUAAUGGGGUUGAAGGGUUGUCAUCUCUGCUGAAGAGUGAACUUGGAAAGGGCAUAGAAUGGGGAGACGAUGAGAUACAGCAACGUACGGAGGCGUUUGGGUCAAACACAUACCCUUCCAAAAACGGAAACCCUCUCUGGAGCCUUAUCUGGAAAGCUACCAAGUUUCCUCCUAAUGUGGUUAUAUUGCUUACUGCUGUUAUAAGUUUGCUGCUGCGAAUAAACGGAAAGGCUAUCCACGAUGGUUGCUAUGUAGAAGCUUGCGCCAUUUUGACCAUUGUCACUUACAUCCUUGUGACAGCUAUCACUGAGUACAAGCAGACUCGUCAGAUUGAAAAAUACAGUGAGGAGAAGAGAAACGUACGCCAAGAGAUUAUUAGAGGUGGAAGAAGAGAAUCGGUUUAUACUAAUGAUAUUGUUGUUGGCGAUAUUGUCCCCCUCAAGAAUGGUUUUCAGGUGCCUGCGGAUGGUGUCCUAUUUGUUGCAAACUCAUUGAAGAUUGACGAGGAAGAAUUAACUGGCUCACACUUAAUUGUUCAAAAAGAUCAUCUACAUGAUCCAUUCCUAUUAUCUGGUUCAAAGGUGAUAGAGGGCAUAGGUAUAAUGCUGGUUACAAGUGUUGGAAUAAACACUGAAUGGGGGAAAAAGAUGGAGAAAAAACAUGAGACUGAUGAAGAAAAUCCUUUAACAAAAGAAAAUUCCUUUCAUGUAAACGUGAAUCGGAUUUCUAUUAUUGUUAGCUGUUUGGUCAUUAUGCUCUCUUCAGUUGCCUGCAUUGUUCAGUUAUGCCGAUACUUUUAUGGUUGGACCAAAAAACCAGAUGGAACUCCAUUGUAUAUGCCCGGAAGUACCACUUUCGAUGAAGCAAUGCAAUUUGUGAUAAAAUCCAUGAGUUUUGGGAUGGAGACAAUAAUUGUGGCAGUGCCAGUUGGACUUUCUAUAGCCGUUGUCUUGAAUCUUGCACAUACUACGGGUGAAAUGAUGACAGACAACGCUUUGGUUCAAAAACUCUCUGCAUGUAAAAAAAUGGGACAUGUUACAACUAUAUUGUGUCAUAAAACUGGAAUAUUAACUUCGAAUGAGAUGUCGGUGGUUGAUGUCUGGGCUGGAGGAAUAAGAGCAGAAGAUAUGGAUAAUGUUUCACAGUUGUCCUCGAUUCUUAAAGAAAUAAUAAUAGAAGGCAUUGCCCGAAACACCAACGGCAGUGUUGUUUCUGAAACGGGCGUCACUGAACCAAAGGUUUAUGGAUCACCAACAGAACAAGCCAUUCUUAGCUGGGGGAUCAAGUUGGGAAUGAAGUUUGACGAGGCUAGGUUAGGAUCACCAGUCCUUCAUGUUAUACCUUUCAAUCCAAAAAAGAAAUAUGGAGGCGUGGCAUUACGGGUUGGUACAGGACACCACGUUCAUUGGAAAGGAUCUGCAAAGGUUAUUCUUAAUUCAUGCAAAUGGUAUAUGGAUGGGGACAACAACCGCAUAGCUAUUGAUGAACAGAAACAGGAGAUGGAAAGAAUAAUUAAAGACAUGUGUAAGAGAGGAAUGCGUUGUGCUGCACUUGCUUAUCAAUCCUAUGAGCUGGGGAGUCUUCCAACAACUGAGGAUGAACAUUAUGCACUACCUCAGGACCUUGUUUUGUUGGCUAUUAUUGGUAUAAAGGAUCCUUUCCGGCGAGGCACAAAGAAUGCGAUCCAACUGUGCAAUUCCGGAGGUGUUAAGGUUCGCAUGGUGACUGAGGAUGAUGUUUUGACUGCUCAAGCAAUAGCAAAGGAAUGUGGGAUACUGGAGAAUUUUGAUGGCCUUGAUACAAUGACAGGAGCUCAAUUUCGUGUUCUUUCCGAUUCAGAAAGAAAGCAGAACGCCCCAAAUAUCUUAGUUUUGGCUCAAGCCUCUCCCAAGGACAGUCUUUUGUUUGUCGAAGCGCUGAGGAAAAGCGGGCAUGUAGUUGCAGCCACUGGGAUGGGAAUACAUGAUACAAUGACACUACGCGCGGCGGAUGUUAGCAUUGCAAUGGGAAUUGGAGGGACAGCAGUAGCGAAAGAGAAUGCCGAUAUUAUUAUAUUGGAUGACGAUUUUGAUACAAUUGUCAAGGUUAUCCAAUUGUGUCGAUCACUUUACACCACUAUCCUGAGAUAUGUCCUAUUCAGGCUCACUGUGAGUGUCUCAGCCGUGGCUAUCACUGUGGUCGAGGUUGUAUUCUAUGACGCCUUUCCACUUAAUGCCGUGCAGCUUCUGUUGCUUAAUCUUAUGGUGGACAUCUUUGGAGCACUAGCGUUGGCUUACAAACCACUAGCUCGCAACAUAAUGCAGAAACCACCAGUUGAUAGAAGCGACCCUCUUAUAACCAAGACGAUGCGGUUCAAGUUGGUGACACAGGUGAUUUACCUAGUGCUGUUGCUAGCCUUCAUACAUUCUGAUAGUAUACUGAAGCUGGAUCACGGUCAAACCAGUGAUACUGAAAAAGUGAAGAACACAUUAAUUUUCAAUUGUUUGGUAUUCUGCCUGGUAUUCAAUGAGUUUGAAAUCAGAAAUGGAGACCAAACACUGAUAGAAGUUCUUAAAGACAACAUGUUUUUCCUUACAAUAACUGCAACUAUCAUAGUUCAGAUAAUCUUGGUAGAGUUCCUUGGCAUUUUCAAUUCUUCCGUUAGGCUUGACUGGGAAAAAUGGCUCUUCUCCGUCCUUGUGGGAUUUCUCAACCAGGUUGCCACCCGCUUCCCUUUGGAAGUCUACCCAUACUGCCCCAACUGAUCUUUUGUUCUUCUUAGUAUGUAUAUGCACAUUUAUCUUGUGGUUAAGUUGGUAAUCCCUUAUAUAUUAAUCCUGAAGCAUUCAUAAAUGCACAACCUUGGAGAGCAUUCUUACGUGUCAAGUUCACAGAGCUUCUCAACUUUAAUUUUUUAAUGGACCAACUUUGCUAGGAAUGAAAUAAUUGGAGUCUAGCUUGUACUCUUGGAAGAAUGUUUUAUUACAAUAUCUUUUUAAUGGUUAAUUUGGCGCUGCGUUUCC